GGGCCAGGCGGCAGCAUGCGGAGCGGCGAGGAGCUGGACGGCUUCGAGGGCGAGGCCUCGAGCACCUCCAUGAUCUCGGGCGCCAGCAGCCCGUACCAGCCCACCACCGAGCCGGUGAGCCAGCGCCGCGGGCUGGCCGGCCUGCGCUGCGACCCCGACUACCUGCGCGGCGCGCUCGGCCGCCUCAAGGUCGCCCAAGUGGUCUUGUCCCUGAUCGCCUUCAUCUGCAUUGAGACCAUCAUGGAGUGCUCGCCCUGCGAAGGCCUCUACUUUUUUGAGUUUGUGAGCUGCAGUGCGUUUGUGGUGACUGCAGUCUUGCUGAUCAUGUUCAGUCUCAACCUCCACAUGAGGAUCCCCCAGAUCAACUGGAACCUGACCGAUCUGGUCAACACUGGACUCAGCACUUUCUUUUUCUUCAUUGCCUCCAUUGCCCUGGCCGCUCUAAACCACAAAACUGGAGCAGAAAUUGCCGCCGUGAUAUUUGGCUUCUUGGCCACGGCGGCGUAUGCGGCGAACACGUUCCUGGCUGUGCAGAAAUGGAGGCAGAGUGUCCGCCAGCAGAGCGCCAACGACUACAUCCGCGCCCGCACCGAGUCCCGGGACGUGGACAGCCGCCCAGAGAUCCAGCGCCUGGACACGUGAGGAGCGCCAGGCCGCCCCCCGCCGGCCCUCGGCCCAUCCUUCCCAGCCCCUCUCCCUCGGCACAUCCGAUUGUCGUGUGAUUCGGUGGAAUGUUGGCCUCCUGGGUAGAAGUGCAGCUUGGGGAAGGGUUUCCAGGAUGGCACAGCGGUGGGCCCGUGGCAGGCUGCGGAGGCCCACGUCCUGCGGGGUGGCCGACUGCCCUGGUCCACCUUCCGUGCGCACCGUCUCAGAGCACAGGUGCCCCUCCGAGCCUGAGCCGCGCUGUCCCCUGUGCCUGUGAAGAGUCAAGACUUCGGAUUCGACCUGGCUACUCCCAAGAGGGGGUGGGCACCAAGGGCCGAGCCGUGGGGUUGGGAGGCCAGCAGCAGCCCCUGUGUGAGACCCUGGUCCUGCUUGGGGUCACAUGAGCCUGUCUGCCAGGGUGGCCCUACUGCUUGUCAUCCACAGCCAGGACACUCAGGUGGCCAGCACGGCCAAGGCCACAGACGACCGUCAGGGUCUUGGCAGGGGAGUGCUGGUGGAGCUCUUGACUGGGCCUGGGCUCCGUGGGGGUGGGGCAGGCCAUGUGCAGCCGGGACAGCUGACUCCUGUCGCCCACCCCGUUGAGCAGUCUCCCGACUCUCGCUCCAGUGACGCCCCUGAGCCCCAGGUUCUUCUCCGGGAGCACGGGGGCCAGCUUGUUUUCCAGUUUCCUUCCUGCCCCUAAAUCCUUUGAGGCUGCACUGCAGAUUGCUGUAAUUUUACCUUCGUGGUCCACUGCAGCGGCCAAGGUGCUUGCCCUGUUGUCGGCUUUGGGACCACAGGGAAGAGGGGUGUGUCUGUAGGAGGUGUCCGCCUGCACCCCUGCCCUCUGCCUGCGUAGACCGGUCCAGGAUCUGGACGCAUGGGGCGCAUCUUCCCAGCGGCGUUCAGGAGGCACAGUCGUCACCCGUCACCACUGUGGGCGCCUUGGUGUCACACUGUGGACCCCAGGCCGGGAAGCAUCCUGGUUCCUUAAGGCUUUGAUUGAUUCACAAUCAAGUGAAGAUAUUUUUUGAGAUGCGUGAGUUCCAUGAGCCUCUCUCACAUCUUAGGUUUUUUUUUUUUUUUUUAAUUCGAGUAAUUUUAUCUUUGAUGGAAAAAUGGUUUUUGUCUGUCCGGUGUUCACUCCUGGAGCCACUUUCAAUGUUUACAAACCUCCCUCAGGUCUCGGGUCUCGCCUCCCCAAGCAGCGAGCCUUAUGGCCGGGAGGAUUCUGCAGCCCUGGGGAGAGGCCCCAGGCCCCCAGCCUGACGAAUGUUUACAUGACAGCCUCAGAGCAGGGAGGGCGGGUGUGGGGUUUAUCGGGCGGCACCGCUGGGCUGGGACUUCUCCAGGAAAUGGUACAAAGCUGUCUCUGAAGGGUCAGGGUCAGGGAUGAGCCCACUACACCCAGCAUCCCGCACAGUCCGAGUUCUGCCGCAGCUCCUGGCCGGGGCAGCGGCCCAGGGCGUGUGUCCAAGCACCACGUCCACCUCGGACUGGCGCAGCUGGACUGGAGGUACCUUCCUCCCCAACCCCCUCCCCCAGAGGCCUGCGCCCAGCCCUUGGGUGUCGGGCAUUGAUACAAGUCAAGCUUCACAAACUUGGAACUUACUUUAUGUUGUGAUUUGGGGUGGAGAGUAUGGUGUGGGGAUUUUCUCUGCUCAUUUUCUGUAUUUAUUCUGUAUCUGUCGAGUGUGUCUGCUCAGUGAGGAUGGGGCUGGCUUCCCUCCGGGAGUCCCAGGGCCUUCACCCCUCGCGCCCACGAGGAGGGGCCACCCUGAGCAUUCUCAGGAAUCUCCUCCUGGGGGCCCCGUCGCUCGGCCCUGGGUAAGGAAAGGCUGUGCCUUUUGAAGUCAGGUUUCCCGAAUCACCUCCGGAAAGCCGGUUUCAGGUCUGGGGUAAAGGAGACAGCUGAUUGUCCAAGGAGUAGCUCCGAAGCCGACGCCAGAUGGCGAGGAGGAGCCCACGAGCCUUGUGGGACCUGGGAGCAGGUGUGCAUCCCGGUGAUGCAAUCCGUGCGGCAAUUUUUGCCCCUGGAACUGCUAACAUCCUUCCCUCCCCCGUGGCUUCUGAGUCCCCGCACGGUUAUCCUGCUCCCGCUGGGGCAGAGGUGGCCGGGCACACUUCUUCUGCGGCAGGCGGCACCGUGGCCCAUCUCCACCUACAGGGCCGUCGGGAGGGGGUUGUGGCCGGCCCUGGGGAACCCGAGGGCGCCUCACACAGAAGACCAUCCAGAUCGGGGCCUUACAACGACCUCUGCAGAUGGAAGGAAGCAUAGAUUUGCAAUGAAUGGUUCUGUGGGCCAGCGUCAGGCUGGGGGCACUGAAGCAGCCUGACUGGUUUUUCCGGGCCUCUGAGCGGGCGGGUAUUGGCUUCCGUGGCUUGCACAAAACUCAAGGACUGCCGCUGUCGCGUCCCUUCCAAUGGGCCUGCAGGGAGCCUGUGCAGUUAGCCCUCAGGAACACGUGCUGGAAGCCGGCGCUGCUGCCUCUGGAGAAAGGCCACCUGGGCAGUGAGCUGGGGAGGCUGGGUUUUCCCUGCCAGGAGGCCCCGUGGGAACCGCUGCACCCCUCCCCCCACCGCCCCUGCUGUAGGGCCUGCAACCAUGAAGGCCUGAGGACGGGUGGCCCCACGCACAGCUGGGAGAGGGCGAAGGCAGUCCCAGCUUCAAGUCUCAUCCGGAAGGCUGAGCUAAAGAACACAGCCAUCCAAGGGAGGUGACCUCUGUCGAUUAUGAAAAAGAAAGCAAGGUCGCGGCAGCCCGAGCAUGGGCAGGGCCGGCUGUGCGGGUCUGGUCCUCGAUGCCCGCGCCCGUCCCCCAGCAGGAGGCGCACACCGCUACACAGGCGCAGCGCGUCCUACCUGCACUCUGCGGGUCCCUCUGGCGAGAGCUGGGACUCCGCUGAAGACCCCAGCCUCUUGGAGUUGGCACUCUCGUCCGCCCUUCUUUGAAGUCUUCCCUCGAUUCAGACUUGGGCAAGCCACAGGGGGCUCUGAGAGAGCAGCAAGGAUUCUGUACACCCACGCGAGUUCUCUGUUCUGUGAAGUCUUGCUUGCCACGAAUGAGCCUCGAGAAACCGUGGUGUGUGUCCCCCCUGCCUGUGCGUGGCCCGAGCUCGUGUCUUCUCGUGGAUUUGCAUGUGCUUCUCAGAGGGAGCUCCUCACCUGUGUGUGCGCUCCGAGGCGGGCCACAGCCCGGGCCCUGUCUGCACGAGACCUCCUGUGGGUUGUCUCAGAACCUGUCCCAACCAGCUGGAGAGACACGGGGCCGACGUAGUGAUCCCGAAAGGCUGUGAUGAGGUCGGUGGUUCCUGUUGUGCCAGCCACGCUCCAACCAGAGCAGCCACGACGCGACUGGCAUUCUCUCCAUAUGGCGUUCACAGAAAUCACAGGGAACACACUCUAGCCAGGGGUGCUGGCUGGUUCUGAGCAAACAAGUGGCUGGUGCCGCUGGGGUCUGCUCUUAGCCUGUGGGGUCUUCAGACUCCGUCCAGGUUCCUCUCCUCCCUGGGCUGUGACUGCAUCGGCACUGGCUCCCUGGGCUGUGCAGGGGGCCGUGGGAGGUAGGGGGGAAGGGAGGGAUCCCCCAGCACGCCCAGCCUGGGUCUCACCACACACACCAAGCGUCCUAGGCCGCCUCGGUGAAGUGUGCAGGUUAAUCCCCUUCCUCUCUCUGCAAAAGUGAGACCGCGUGUCCCAGUCAGCGUGGGGCACGAGCCAUGGGACUGGUUUGCCAGGGGGAGGCGGGCUCCCGGCACCUGGUUUGGGAACCCAUGGUCUGGGCUCAGGUGUCCUCCCAGGCAGGACGCAGGCCAGCCCCUGCCACCCUUGUGCUUCGUCAGCGGUCGACUCUGCCAGUUCCCCUGUCUGUAGAAGGUGCCGUGAAGUCAGGUCUGGUCGGGAGUCAUUCGCCAUGUUUGACCUUUUGUUCCAUUUAAACACUUCUCAAGGAAAACGCCUUCAGCGUCUGUUAGCUCUUGAGGAAGGUUCUGGAAGAGAGGUUUCCUUGGCCUUUUCUCAUAGCACACGUCGUCUGUACACGUGUGCAUGUGGCCCUGAAAUGGGCGGGUCCUGGCCUGGUCUCCCUUCCUUGUCUGGAAUAUGUUCUUGUCCUUGUGGGUACGAUUUCCCAACCUUUGGGAUUUUUAAAAUUCUUUUCAUUUCUGGUUUUCCUUAUUCCACAAACAGUAAAGAAAAGCAAGUGACCCACAGACCCGCUGAGCCAGAGUCACUGGCGACCUGUCUAGGGCAGAGUUUGGACCGUGAGCCCUUGCAGGGUUAGUUUGCUGUCCCCGGGCGGCUUGCUCUCCUGCACCCUCGGGUGGCAGGGUGGCUCCAGCACAGAACACACAAAGGCCUUAGGUUAUGGCGCUGAGUGCGCCUGGUGAGCCGGCGAGACUUGUAUGGCUCUGAUCGACACGUGGGAGGUGUCGCGCCUCCUGUAUCAGCCUCGUGCUGGGGUCUAGGGCCAGCUGUUUCUCACAGUUGCGCCUGCAAAGGAGAGGGACUGCACACCAAGAGGGUGAGGACGGUGUGUGUGGGAGUCAGGCAUUGUCCGAAACUGCCAAGAGACACGGGGACCCUGGCAGGAAGACAGCUCCCUGCGGGAGUGGCCUGGGCCUGGCCCCCAGAGGGGGCCGCCUGCUCCCAACCCUCCCACGCAGCAACCCACAGAGAAAUGAGUUUCUCAACCUUGCCUUGUGGUCAGACGGGCCUGUCCGGACCAAAUCAGUGCUUUCAUAACUUAACGUUGCUCCACGUGGCUCCCUCUGAGAGAACGCCGCCCAGGGAGACGAUCUGUAUAUGUUGAACACGCAAGGGUUCAGGAACCCGAGGCAGGAACACUAAGCUAUUUAUUACAAGUGUGACGGUACCAUUUUCUUUUUCGAAGUAGGUCAUCCUUUGUAUAUUUUAAGACCAAUAAUACUCACUUCACCUUUGGUGCCUUCCAUGCAUCACUUAAGCACUCUUGUCAAUCAUGGAGUUGGAAAAAAAGAUGUACAUUUAGUUAAACCAGAUAACACUAUUUUUGUAGCAUGAGUUUAGAUUGUGUCCUUUUACUAUUGCUCUCCACAGCGCUGGUUUGGACCAUUUUCCCUUUAAACUUCAUAUGUAUUUUUUAAAAGAAAAAAAAAAAUCAAACGCCCCCCUCCCCCCGUGGCUCAAGGCUCCUCUGCCGCUUCCCCCCCCAGCACCGCAUUUCUGCCGAUUUAAGUCGUCUGAGAGUAAAUUUCCAUGAAAUCAUUAUGAACUGGUGGGGUUGCAUUUGGCAUUUGUUACCCACUCGAUCAGUGUGGAGGGCCACUGCUCACCUCAGAACAGGAGGAGGAAGGGGUUGCCCUAUCUUGAAGGGGGAAAAAAAUUCACCAGGGCUCUCGCUCCCCCCUGGAGAGCCUGCGUCUGGCUCCCUGCCUGUGCCCCGACCUGCGGCCGAGCCAGCAGGGCCCUGUCCAUCUCUGGGGCUGAGUCAUAUCCCGGGACACCUGCUGAGCCCCUGCAGAUGGGGGAGGGGUGUGUGUGUGCAUAGCCCUCUGCCCCCACCCUCAAUGAUCUGCUCACCCAGGAAGUCAGACAGCUAAGUAAUCACUUUGGUACUUGAUCACCCUGGGGCACCUCCUUGGCAGCACUUCCGGCGGGGGCGGGAGGGGGGUGGCAUCCAGUGGCCAUUCACUUGCUUCUCCAAGGUCUGUGUCUUUUCCACAGCUUGGACACAGAUCUGGGCGUUCUGAGGUGGUGCCCGCUCGGCCAGCUUUGGAUUAGGUUCGGCCUGCACAGGGCACAGCUGCCAUCCUGGCUUCUCAUGGGGACAGGGACGUCCAGGGGCCCCCGACUCUGUGGGGCGCAGGGAGCAGGAGGGGCCCCCAGCCCAUGUGGCCCCCGUAGCUUCCUUUGAAGGACCCGUUUUUCAUGGUACUUGUCUUGUUUUCAUAGUGUGCAAAUCUGUAUUUUUGUAUGUAGAGGGAAAUAAUUUUCUCAACACUAAUCAUUAAUAUUGUACUAAAUUGUCAUGAAGGAGUUCCUGGUUAAUAAAUGGACAUGCAAAAGCACGCCGGUCUCUCCCUUCCUGCUGACGGGCCAUGGGGCCUGUGUGCCCCUCGUGCCCGGCACGUUCUUCACACCUCCUCUUGGGUGUUGUGUGUGGAAGCCCGAGCCCUUCCAUCAGCUCGGGCCAGUUCACCCACCAGGGCCUUUGACACCGAGGUCUCUCGUGCCACCAGCUUCCGAACCACAAGAGCUGCAAGCUGCCGGGGCCACGGCCUGGAUGUGCGAGAGGGCCCGGGGCUGGGUUCCCUGGGUGAGAGGCGCAUUGAUGGCUUGUGCA